AUGACUCGGACCAAGACAGGCGCCCAUGGCGUCAUGGCGGUGCGCCAUCUCUUGCCGCUCGUGCUGGCCGUGGCGCUCGCUGUGCUGCCGCCGCCAUGCGCGGCGGUGAACGUGCAGCGGAGUGCGGGCAGCGCCGCACCCAUCGUAACUGACCCGGCAGAAGUGGAGGUGCUGAGGGCGGUGCGGGGGGCCAUAACGAACGCGAUAGAGUGGCUGCCGCACUGGGCGGACGAGUUUGACCCGUGUGGCCCGCUGGGGUGGUCGCCCGAGAUCAUCUGCAACAUCUCCGCUUCCGGCGCCGCCACCGUCACCUCCAUCUCACUGCGUGCGGGCCUGGAGGGGUCGCUGUCGCCUGCAGUGCUGCGCCUCCCCAACCUCGAGUCGCUGGUGUUAGGGCAGGUCAGUUUCAACGCCACAGCACUGCUGCCAAUCAUCAACGGCCUCACACAGCUCAAGCAACUGGCGCUCAUAUCAACGGCGCUCAACUACCGUGGCAGCCAGCUCGCCCUCGCCAACAUGACGCGCCUGCAGGACCUCACGCUGCAGCGUAUCGGGCUGUCAGGGCGCCUCAGUGACCUGCAACUGCCGCUCAUGCCCUCACUGCUGCGCGUUGACCUGUCAAUGAACAGCCUCACGGGGGAGAUCCCUGAGGAGCUCGCCUCUCGCCCCUUCUCCCACAUAGACCUCUCCACCAACUCACUCUCAGGCGCCAUCCCCCCGGCUCUCAUCGCCUCGCCUGCCCUCGUCAACCUCAUUCUGUUUGCCAAUGAGCUGGAGGGCGCCAUUCCGGACAACUUCACCACCGCCACAUCGCUGCAGUACCUCGACCUACAGAGCAACAAGCUGACGGGGUCCAUCCCCCAGUCCAUUGAGACCACACCCUCACUCUACUACAUCGACCUGUCAAACAACGGCCUGACGGGGGACAUCCCGCAGAUCUACAAGGAGUGCUCCUUCGUUGAGCUCUCGCCCUUUCUCAACCUGUCGAGCAACGGGCUGACGGGGUACCUGCCUGGGAGCAUCGGCGAGUACUCGCUGCGCAACGUCAAACACUUCGUGCUGGAUGUGAGUCACAACAAGCUAGAGGGCGACAUUCCCCAGCAGCUCAUGCUCUCGCAGUCCACACUCUUUCUGGACGGCAAUGCUGGUUUCUGCAACCACCCAGGGUAUCCUGCGCGCCCGGCCCGCGCCCCCGUCAAGGCUGACACUGCUGCCUCUAGCGAGUCGCCACAUGCCUCACAGCAGCAGCAGCAGCAGCCUUCCUCCGGCCUGUCCCCUGCAGCAGUGGCGGGCAUAGCAACAGCAGCAGUGGCGGGGGUGGCGGCGCUGGUGCUGGCAGCGCUGGUGCUGGUGCACAUGCGGCGAGUGGAGGGUGCAGGGAGGAAGGAGGAGGAGCAGGUGCUCAAGGGCAAGGCCGACCCCACCGACGCUGUCAGCCUCUGGCUGCCUGACUCGGCGGCGGGCGGCAAGAAGGGGGCCAGCGGCAAGUGGACGUCUGCGGACUCUAGCGGCAAGACCAAAGUAUUCUCGGAGAAGGCAAAGAAGGCGGCAGCAGCGCGGCUGGAGGGGUCGCUGCUCUUCUGUCUGGACGAGCUGAUUGCGGCUACCAACGGCUUCCACCCCACCGCGCUGCUGGGCUGCGGGGGCUUCGGCCACGUGUACCACGGCAUGCUGCCCGCCCUCGACGAGGGCGAGGAGGGCGAGGCCGUGGCCAUCAAGGUGCUGCACUGGGACGAGGGCCAGGGGGGGGCGGGCGGGCAGGGCGAGCGCGAGUAUGAGACGGAGGUGGACCUGCUCAGCCUUGUGCGGCACCGGCAUCUGGUGCGGCUGGUGGGGUUCUGCAGUGAGGGGCAGCACCGCAUGCUUGUGUACGAGUACAUGCCCAGGGGCAGCCUCGCGCAGCACCUUCAUGGCGGGCAGGAGGCGAGGCUGCCGUGGUCAGCGCGGGUGCGUAUCGCACUGGGGGUGGCGCGGGGCCUGGCAUACCUGCACGAGGGGUGUGUGCCGCGCAUCGUGCAUCGCGACAUCAAGCCCAGCAACGUGCUGCUGGACGCCAACAUGGAGGCGCGCAUCGCUGACUUUGGGCUCGCCAAGAUGCUACACGACCAUGAGAGGGAUGUUGCCACCCGGGUGCAGGGCACGUGGGGGUACGUGGCGCCUGAGUACCUGGCGGGGGCGGCGGUGAAUGAGAAGGUGGACGUGUAUGCCUUCGGUGUGCUGCUCCUCGAACUCGUCACCGGCCGCUCUCCCCUCGGCGACUCCAAGCUCGUCACCUGGGCGGAGGAGGUGGUGGCAAAGGGUGAGCUGGGGGCGCUGGUGGACCCGCUGCUGUUCGGCGACUACAAUGAGGGCGAGCUGAGAGGCCUCGUGCACAUCAUCUUCCUCUGCCUGCACCACCACCCCGAUGACCGCCCCGCAAUGUCCCAUGUGGUGCAGCUGCUGGAGGGCGAGGCAGCAGCGCAGGCAGCAGGCGGGCAGAUCACCCUGCCGCACAUUGCAGUCUCCCUGCCGCAGUCCACCAUGCCUCACAUGAGCCCUCCUCAAAUCUGA